UGUUCCUCAUUCUCAAAACCAAGUGGACUCAGUGACCAAGAAAGCACACUCUGUCCAGCUUCCUUUCUAUUCAGUUACUCAUUUCUCUCUCCCCAUCCCAAUUUGGAGCUUUUUCCCCUUUCUCCUUUUGAGUUCCAUAGAUGGAGACAGAGACUUCAAAGAGUUUCUCUUGGGAGGAAAUACGUACCGUGAAUUUGGUUAUUUCAUCAUAAGCUUAAUUAGGUAAAUCACUGGGCUUUCCCCAUCAGAAGUCAAGUAAUCAAAAAAGUAAAAGAUCUUUCAGACCCAUGAUUUAUUUGAUGAAAGGACAAAGUCAGGUCUGUCCUACUCUUGCUGUUGCUGUUUGUGCCUAUCUCUGUCUGCGGGUUUUAUAAAUGCCCUUCAGAAAUAUAUCAGCUGAGAAAAACUUAUGAAAAUAUGAAUCAGUAACGAUUCUCUUUUCAGAAUUCUAAACAAGUUACAACUUGGAAUCCAGAAAAAAAAGGGAAGUCUCUCAUGGAGGGAAGGUAUGGUGGUAGCAGUGGUUGGACGUCAUGGAGGAAUGAAGAACUUCAAGAAGAAGAUGUUUGGGCUGUUUUCAGCCAAAGUAAAGAUUUUUAUUCCAAACCUGUAGUUUCAUCCGAAUCCUCUCCUUCUAUCACUCCAAGGCGGCUCCCCUCUGCUGCCAAAAUGAUUCCAAGGAGCACCAAUAGCAGUAGUACCCAAGAACCCAAAAUAGUUCAGCAAUCGGCUCCUGUGAAGAUACCUGAUUGGUCAAAGAUAUAUGGGAAGAACUCAAAGAAAGAUUCAUGGCAUGAUGAUGAUGAUGGUGGUGGUGGUGAUGGUGGUAAUUGUACUGGUAAUGGGGUCAUGAAAGUUAGUUGGGAUAGUGAUGAAGAUGAUGAUGGUGAUGGUGAUGAUUCAGAUGGGAACAUGAUGAUGAUGAUGCCUCCACAUGAAUGGGUUGCUAGGAAGCAUGGAAGGAGCCAGGCAACUUCUUUCUCUGUCUGUGAAGGGGCUGGGAGGACUCUCAAAGGGAGAGAUCUCAGUAGGGUGAGGAAUGCUGUGUUAAGCAGAACUGGUUUUCUUGAUUAACAUACAUACCCAUCAUCAUCAUCAUCAUGUUCAUGGUUAUCAUGAUGGAGAUACAAACUUCGUCAAAAUGAUUGGUAAUCUGAUUGUUAAAGACAUGGAUGCCAAUGAAGUCAGGUUAGAAUUGGGGAUUGAUUGUUGUCAUACAUGUUAUUGUAAAUAGGUUUCUGAUCUUCUUGUUCUUUCUCCUCAGUGGUAAUCUGUUUGAGAUUCUCAGAUACUGUAUUGUGGACAAUCUGUUUCUUGAGAAAGGAAGCUCCAUUUCACUAUUUCA